AGAACAUCAUUCUUAGAUUACAAGUAACACCACCAUCUACUUCCCCCUUAUCAAGAAAAGAAAGGAAUCCACCAUGAACCAACAACCCAUCGACAACCUCCCCGCCCCCGGCACCUCCUACUACACCCCCGCGCAGCAUCCCCCAGCAGGAACCCAAAUCGAGGGCUCCACCAAACUCUUCACCCCACUCACUAUCCGCGGACUGACCCUCCCCAACCGCCUCUUCCUCGCCCCUCUCUGCCAGUAUUCCUCGCAAGAUGGCUACGCCAAUGAUUGGCACUUAACACACAUAGGUGGAAUCAUCCAGCGCGGUCCCGGGCUCUCUAUCAUGGAAGCCACAGCGGUACAGAAAAUCGGCCGCAUCACGCCACAGGACCUGGGUCUGUACGAAGACGGACAGAUCGGGCCGUUGCAGCGAAUUACGGAGUUUGCGCACGGGCAGGGUCAGAAGAUUGCUAUCCAGCUAAGCCAUGCGGGUCGAAAAGGGAGUGGAGUUGCGCCGUGGUUAAGUAAGAAUGCCAUGGCCGUGAGGGAAGUUGGUGGAUGGCCGGGGGAGAUAGUUGGGCCGUCGGCGAUGUCUCACGAGGAGGGAGUUCAUGCCGUGCCGAGGGCGAUGACGGGGGAUGAGAUCCGGGUGUUGAAGGGGGAUUUUGGGGAUGCUGCGGGUAGGGCUGUCACAGCUGGGUUUGAUGGUGUGGAGAUUCAUGCUGCGCAUGGGUAUCUCCUUCAUCAGUUUCUCAGUCCGGUGAGUAAUCAGCGGACGGAUGAGUAUGGGGGUGAGUUUGAGAAUCGGGUGAGGUUGUUGGUGGAGGUUUGUGAGGUGGUGAGGGGGGUUAUUCCGUCGACUAUGCCGUUGUUGGUUCGGAUUAGUGCGACGGAUUGGUUCGAGUUUGAUGAGGGAUUGAAGAGGGAGUUUCCGGAUAGUUGGACGGUUGGGCAGUCGGUUCGGCUUGCUGGGCUGCUGGCUGAUUGUGGGGUGGAUUUGGUGGAUGUUAGCUCUGGGGGGGUUCAUCCCAAGUCGGCGAUUGCUAUUCGGUCAGGUCCGGCGUAUCAGGUGCAGUUUGCGCAGGAGAUUAAGAGGGCUGUGGGUGAUAGGUUGCUGGUUUCGGCGGUGGGAGGGAUCAAGACAGGGCUUCUGGCGGAGGAGGUGGUGCAGUCGGGCAUUGAUGCCGUUCAGGCGGGUCGGUGGUUCCAGCAGAAUCCGGGUUUGGUUCGGGCGUUUGCGAAUGAGUUGGGGGUUAAGGUGAAGAUGGCUACCCAGAUUGAUUGGAGUUUUGAUGGUCGUGGGAGGCAGGCUAAGUUGACGUGAUUAUGGUCGAUUGAGUAGAGCCUGGUCGGCAAUACCAACUUUUUUAAUAGUAUCACCCAAUGUAGAUGGCGAUUUGUACUUUCGCUUGAAGUAGGAAACAGAGUCUGCCGCAAAAGGCAUGCAUGAUUGAAACCGAAAUGGUUGGCGAGGUCUGCAUAAUGUCGUUGCCUUGUCGGGGAU